UUACCAUUGAGUUUACUUUCUGUGAGUGCAUCUUCAACUCUUUCUUCCAACGUCAAACCGGUAAAUACCAAGAUGUCGCAAAAGACCAUUCAGGAUUUGAAUGCCUACAUUAAGGCAACAGCCGUCGUGUACGACCACUCCAACACCAAACUCGUCAGCAGGAAGACUAAAGUCAGCAGGCGUAGGAAGGAAGCGUUUCUUUCUGUGCUUCCAUACAGGAAACCGUCGUCUGAUCACCACUCCCAUGAGAGAAGGACUUCAUCAUCCCGCAAACCAAGAAGCAAACCUGCGAAAGAAAGUAAUACCAAACAUGUAAAACAGAAACUGCAGGUCUUUGUCCGGACUCCCUCCUCACAUCAGUCCAAGACACUGUAUUUCGAACUCCAUCCUGAGACAUUCGUCGCAUCUCUCAAAGAAACUAUCCAGAAGAGGAUCGGUGUGGAGGCACGACAUCAGCGUCUAUACAUCAGAGAAAUCUUCCAGCUCUGUGACUUGCUCACACUUGAGGAAAAUGGUGUCGACAAGAAGGAAAUCAUCUCUCUCCGGCUGUCAAUGGAAGACACCAAAGAUAAAGCUAACAUUGAUGAUCAGUAUCUCAAGGACUUGUCAUCAAAAACUGAAUCGUCGUGGAAGGAAUUGGCUAAACACCUAGGAUUUGAAGAAGGGGAAAUUGCAGACAUCCAAACCACCAACGAAGGCAGCACUGAAGGGAGCCGUCACAUGCUACUCACUUGGUGGGAAAAGACGACAAAUCGCGACGAAGCAGCUCAGAAGCUGAGACGAGCAUUGGAGGCCAUUGGGUUGACUGAUUUGGCCCAAAAUGUACCGGUAACAAGCGAAUCGAGGGACGAAGCAGCUGGACCCGAGCUGGAAAGACGUCAAGAUGCAGGAGUUGACGAGGAGAGCAAACAAAACGGGGCGGCAUCAACUGAGGAAGAGAAACUGAAAAAGGAACGAGUUGGUGAUGAAGACAAACCUGGACUUAUCAGGUAA